AUGGCGGAUCCCCUGUUAACUUCUCUCUGCACCAUCUGCCGAAUCCAAACGCCCAAAUACAGAUGCCCUCGAUGCGGAACGCGGACGUGCUCCCUGACUUGCGUGAAGAAGCACAAGAACUGGUCUUCUUGCAAUGGCGACCGCGACGCCACCGCAUUCAUGCCCAGAGAGAAGCUGAAGACCGAUGCUGGGAUCGACCACGACUACAAUUUCCUCACCAAGAUCGAACGAUGUAUCGAGACCGCCGAGAAGAUACUUCGAGACGAACGGGAGAUACUGCCUGAAGAGAAGUCCAACCCACCACCACACAAGAGGGCACGUCCUCAUAAGGGUCAGAGCAGGGGCAGGACUACCUUGGACGACAGCGGACGAAAGUGGGAGCGAAGCACAAUACAACGGAUGCGCAAGCUUGAUAUAAACGUGGCCUCUGUGCCGUACGGCAUGACUCGGGCGAAGGAGAAUAUGACGACCUGGAACAGGCGGACAAAGACUAUCAACUGGCAGGUCGAAUGGUUGGACAUGACUGCCAACUCCUCUGCCGAAGGCGGAAACAGACCCAGCCCUACGAGAUUGCUGUACAAAAUACUCGACGAGACACCUCUCCACCUUGGAUUUGCGGAAGCCCAAGAAUAUCGUCGCCAACAGCAACUCAGCGACAAGGAGCGUGCGCAGGAGAAGGCUCUCCAAAGACGGGAAGAACUAGCCAAGAGUGGGCAGCAUACGAAAUCAACGGCAUGGCAUGCUCAGCCGGCCCCAAUGCAGAGUGAAACCGAUUCGACAUGGAGCUAUUCUGAAGACCAUGACAAUCGCAGAAUAGCAAAGGAUCUAUGUCGGUUUUUCUUCCUGAAACCGAGGACGCCCUCGAAAGAUCCUCGCAGGCUUGUCCCGCUCAGGCCGCGAGAAGGUUUGGCCACCCUCCUCCCGGGGCUCGAUGUUGUCGAAUUCCCAACCAUUUGUGUCUUACCAGCUGGAGUCACCACUGUGCCCGACGGAUAUGUUAUAGAGAAGAGACCUGAGGUGAGGAAUCACAAGAAGAGAAAGGGGUCUGCGUUGGUUGAAUAUGGUUCCAGCUCGGAACCGUCUGAUGGAGAGCAAGACGAAGGCGAACCGUCUUCGGAUGAUGAUACUAGUAGCUCAGGGUCGGACUCGGACAUGUCUGAAUGGCCAACAACGCAAGUACAGGCGUGA